UACUAAUCUCUCAAACCGGAAGACCUUCGGGCUAUUUGCUGCCUUUUCAGGAGAGCAACCGGUUGUCGACUCAGAGAGUCCAGCGAAGCCACCGAGACAAAUUGACUCGUCCGGCCCGAUUGAAAGUGGGAGAUCCCAUACGCACCAAUUCAAUAUGGACUUUGACAUGGAAUCCAUGUCCGCGGCGAUCGGGGUUUCUGUCCCCGUGCUGCGGUUCCUACUUUGCUUCGUGGCGACUAUUCCAGUGAGUUUCAUCCACCGACUCGUCCCUGGUAAACUCGGCAAGCACAUGUACGCGGCCUUUUCUGGGGCUUUUCUCUCCUAUCUUUCAUUCGGAUUCUCUUCAAAUCUCCAUUUUUUGGUGCCCAUGUUGUUGGGUUACGCUUCAAUGCUUCUGUUCCGCCCCUAUUGUGGAAUCCUUACGUUCAUUCUGGGAUUCGGUUACCUCAUUGGGUGCCAUGUGUAUUAUAUGAGUGGAGAUGCAUGGAAGGAAGGAGGAAUUGAUGCCACUGGGGCCUUAAUGGUGUUAACACUGAAAGUCAUAUCAUGCUCAAUAAAUUACAAUGAUGGAUUAUUAAAGGAGGAAGAAUUACGGGAGGCUCAGAAGAAAAACAGGCUGAUUAAACUGCCUUCAUUGAUUGAGUACUGUGGUUACUGCCUUUGCUGUGGUAGCCACUUUGCUGGUCCUGUUUAUGAAGUGAAGGACUAUCUCGAGUGGACUGAAAGGAAGGGGAUAUGGGCUUGCACAGAGGGGGGACCCUCACUAUCACCUUACGGUGCAACAAUUCGAGCUCUUCUUCAGGCUGCAUUUUGCAUGGCCCUGUAUCUAUACCUGGUGCCCCACUUUCCUUUGUCCCGGUUUACUGAUCCUUUAUACCAAGAAUGGGGCUUCUGGAAACGGUUGAGUUACCAGUAUAUGUCAGGCUUCACAGCACGUUGGAAAUACUAUUUCAUCUGGUCAAUUUCUGAGGCCUCUAUUAUUAUCUCUGGCCUGGGUUUCAGUGGUUGGACAGAUACUUCUCCACCAAAGCCACGAUGGGAUCGUGCUAAAAAUGUUGACAUUCUAGGUGUUGAGUUUGCAAAGAGUUCAGUUGAGCUGCCACUUGUGUGGAACAUACAAGUCAGCACAUGGCUUCGCCAUUAUGUUUACGAGAGACUUAUCCAGAAGGGGAAAAAACCUGGUUUCUUUCAGUUGUUGGCCACUCAAACCACCAGUGCUGUUUGGCAUGGAUUGUAUCCUGGAUACAUUAUAUUCUUUGUCCAGUCAGCAUUAAUGAUUGCCGGUUCAAGAGUCAUUUACAGAUGGCAACAAGCCAUACCUCCAAAUAUGGCUUUAGUCAAGAAGAUGCUAGUGUUCGUGAACUUUGCAUACACUGUUUUGGUUCUAAAUUACUCAUGUGUUGGUUUCAUGGUAUUAAGCUUGCAUGAAACAAUUGCUGCAUAUGGUAGUGUAUAUUACAUUGGCACCAUUCUGCCCAUAAUAUUGAUCCUCCUUAGCUACAUAAUUAAACCAUCAAGGCCUGCGAGGUCUAAAGCUCGGAAGGACCAGUGAGGUAGAAACCGCUGCUUCUCCUGCUUCAAGUGCUUGAUAUGAGAUAAGAAGAAUGACAGUUGACAAGCAAUUUCAUCAGCGGUUAAUUUGUAACAUUUUAUUUUUAUCCCAGAAAUUUUUACUACUGCCAAAUUUUAAUGUCAACUUUUUCCCAUUUUCAAUUAGCAAUCGUAUUGAGUUUGUUCACAA